GCCCCAUUGCAAUGGCGAUCAAAGUGCAACUACUUUUGUUAUUACUUUUCGGCUAAAAACACCUCGAAGAAUGCCGCUGAAAGGCAUAAAGGUGUUGGAAUUCGUGGGCCUAGCUCCAGGACCAUUAUGUGGCAAGAUCCUAACCGAUUUCGGAGCCACUGUCACUCGCAUAGACAAGGUCCUCGAAAACCCACUGGACGUACUGCAGCAUGGAAAACGCACCAUAUGCCUGGAUCUGAAGAAUCCAAAGGGCCAGCGGUUGGUGCGCCAGUUGGCCAACAAGUGCGAUGUGCUCAUCGAACCCUUUCGACCGGGAGUUAUGGAGAAACUCAACUUGGGUCCCACCGAGCUGUGUAAAGCGAAUCCCAGACUGAUUUACGCCCGUCUCACGGGCUUUGGCCAGCACGGAAGAUUGGCUCCACGGGCUGGUCACGACAUAAACUAUGCGGCAAUGUCGGGAGUGCUCUCCAUGCUGGGCAGGCGGCAAGAGAAGGUCACUGCACCCAUUAAUCUCCUGGCCGAUUUCGCCGGUGGCAGCGUGGUGUGCGCCCUGGGUAUUUGUCUUGCCCUCUUGGAGCGCCACAACUCCGGUAGAGGCCAAGUGGUGGAUGCUUCCAUGGUGGAGGGAGCUGCCUAUGUGGCCAGUUGGCUAUUUAUGUCCCGGAAUCUUGGCAUUUGGGGUCGGGAGCGGGGUGAGAACCUCAUCGACGGGGGCUCAUACUUUUACGAUACGUAUGAAACCAAAGACGGUCUCUACAUGUCGGUGGGCGCCUUGGAGCCGCAGUUCUUUGAACUGCUUAAACAGCGCUUGGACCUACCCGAAGACCUCGCUCAGUUCGGCGACGAGCACCAGGAACGGGGAAGGAAACUACUAUCGGAAGCCUUCCUAUCCAAAACCCAAGCGGAAUGGUCACAAAUAUUCGAGGAUGUAGACGCUUGUGUCUACCCAGUGCUGGAUUACCGGGAGGUUCACAAACACGAUCACAAUAGGGAAAGGACCUCGUUCGAGGUGAUUCAGGAUAUGCCCGCGCCACGUCCAGCUCCCCUGCUAAGUAGAACUCCUGGCAAGUUGCCCAAGACUUCUGAUGGUUCACAGCUGGAUCUGGUCGAUGAGUUGGACCUUAAACCCCAUGAACUGAAGGACCUGCUGGAUUCGGGAGUACUUACACUCCCGGAGAAGGCCAAACUGUAGCCAUCCCAAAUAAAACACAUUUAUUUUGUUGCUCUUGCA